AGAAGGGAAAAGAGGUAACACGCGUAUCGUAAUGCACAAUGGUGCAUUAGCCAGGAGUAGACGGUCAGACGGUCUCUCCCGCGGACCGGUUGGAAAUUCAACCGACCGGUACUCUAUCAACGAACAAAUACAACAUCAAGUCGAGCCUAACAUCCGAAAUCGGUCCACGUUUACGAGGGAGUUAGCCGAAAGGAAGACCGAGUGGAAGAGACGAGAAAGAAUUGUUCAAAUGAUCUAAACAAUCGGCGAAAGAAUCGAUUCAUAUCGAAAUCCUUGAAGUGCAAAUUGGAUAUUUAGUACCCAAGUAUUUAGUGGCCGUCUCUUCGCACCCGCAUCCGCAUGAUUCUAAUCGUCGUCGAGAAUUCUUGGAAGUUUGGCUCAACACCAAAGGAUCUACGUUGGGAAAAAGUUAUCCGACAUCUGGAUACGAAGAACUUAAUUACACGUCAAUCAGGUUCUCCGCAAAGAGCCUAAACACGGUACAAAGAUUGUUUGAACACGUUCAAAGAUUAUUCGAACAGCCUGUCCUUGUUCAAGGGAAUGGCCGACGCGAAUAAUCCAUCGACGAUGGAGAAGAAACGCGGAGAUACUGCUGGGAAUCAGGUAGUGUCCGACAAAGCAGUGGUUUGGAAGUCCAUGACAUUGCGCCAGAAAUGGUCCUACUUCACCAGCAACAUCACCGUGGAGCCUAUGAUCGCCUGCUACGUGAUUCCCUGUAUGCUAGCCUCCCUAGCCACGCAGAAUCUCAGUUUGGAAAAAGCGUGUAGAGUGAACCUGGCUUAUUCCGACGAGGUCUGCACGGCAUUAGCCGAGAGGAAUACGACCGGCUACGAGGCGGAAGAAACUGCCGUUCAACAACUGGUGGCUGGCAUGCAGACGUGGAAAACAGCUCUGACCAGCGGUCUACCAACGAUCUUGAUCCUCUUUAUGGGUGCCUGGAGCGAUCGUACAGGAUUGAGGAAACCGUGUAUGCUGUUGCCUAUCGUUGGUGAAUUUCUCAGCAGCGUCAGCAUGCUACUGUGCACCUACUUCUUUCACGAAGUUCCCAUGGAAGCCACGGGCGUGUUCGAGGCACUUUGGCCAGCAUUAACCGGAGGCUGGUUCACCAUGUUCAUGGGUGUUUUCAGUUAUAUCGCGGACAUCACGACGGUGGAGUCCAGGACGCUUCGAAUCGGUGCUGCGAAUGUUUUCUUGUCGCUCGGCGUGCCGAUCGGUAUGGCGCUCUCCGGUAUAUUGUACUUGAAGCUCGGAUUUUACGGUGUAUUCAGCAUCUCGACCGUGUGCUACGUGUUGAGCUUUAUUUACGGGUUAGUGGUGAUCAAGGAACCGCCUAGACCGCAUUUGAAGCAGAAGCCGGAAAAGACGGAGGAGAAGAAGAUGUCCGUGUGCGCGUCGAUCUUGGACUUCUUUGCAUUUAAACACAUCGAAGAGACUUUUCGCGUUGCCUUCAAACAGGGUAGGAACAACCGUCAGAAAAGGGUGCUGGUGCUUAUGGUCAUUGUUAUGGUCGUGAUUGGUCCACUUUAUGGUGAAAUGGUGGUGAUGUAUCUUUACAUGAGAUACAGGUACCAUUGGAACGAAGUUAUGUUCAGCAUGUUCACCACGUUCGCCAUGGUGACGAAUCUAAUCGGAACUGCCGUAUCAGUCGGUGUGUUCAGUCAUAUUUUAAAAAUUGAUGACGCUAUCGUGGGAAUCAUGAGCUCUAUGAGCAAGAUAUUAGCUGGUUUUGUCUAUGCAUUUGCAAUCACGGACUGGAUGAUUUAUUUAGCGGCCAUCGUGGAAAUCGUCAAUGGCACAUCUUUCAUAGCGAUGCGAUCAAUAGCAUCUAAACUCGUAUCUACAAGCGAACUUGGCAAAGUAAAUUCGUUGCUUGGCGUUUGCGAAUCUCUAAUGCCACUCAUUUAUGGGCCCAUGUACAGUUCCAUUUACGCCGCAACCAUGAAAACGUUUCCGGGGACGUUCUUCAUUGUCGGCGCUUGCAUGACCAUGCCAGCAGUCGUCGCGUUCUUCUGGCUGUACACGGAGCAUAGGAAAGAUCGACAACUGCUGGAGCAAGAGAAAGUGAAGAGCAAAGAAGGACCAGAGGAGAACGACUUGAGAACUACGAAAUGGCAAGUGGUUGGCGAGAAGAAGUCAGAAGUUCCUACGAUGAACGGUGUUGCGAACGCAGCUUUCGAAUCUGACCAUUUGUAACGCGGGAUUACACGACGGAGAAUCCCCAUUUGAAUAUAUACAACGCGUACGUUUCACACGUUAUUAAAAAUGAAGAAUAUUAAGCAAAAAAGAAAACGAAAGGAGUUGAAACAACUUGUAUGUACAUACGAAUAACUUAUACCGAAUGGAAUUUUUUUCACUUUCAAAGUGUGAGAAAGGAAAUCUGAGCUAUUUGUAAUCGUUAUUGUCGCGUUUAUGUGGUAAAUUUGAAUUAAACACGAGGAAGGAUGACGAAAUUAUUCCGUUUGAUCUUAAUGAGUAACGAAGCCACUUACUUGACACGGAAAACGUUUUAAAUGAAGGAUAACUUUAUUUAUUUCGUUGGAGAGGGACAAAGUGUAAAAUGGAAAUUUUUGUAAAUGGGAAAUUUUUCUAACUGAUAAUCGAUCACGACAAAAGUCAGGUAUCCUUUAUUUCAAGCCCUAGUACAAACAGUCUCCGGUACUUAAUAAACAAAUGAUUAACAAUAGACGAUAUAGAGCAGACGUGUGUCU